AUGAUGUGGGAACUGCGCUCCAUCGCCUUCAGCAGGGCCGUCCUGGCGGAAUUCCUGGCCACUCUGGUCUUCGUGCUCUUCGGCCUGGGCUCGGCGCUGAACUGGCCCUCGGCACCGGCGCCGAGCACGCUGCAGAUCGCGCUGGCCUUCGGGCUGGCCAUCGGCACACUGGUGCAGGCCCUGGGCCACGUCAGCGGCGCCCACAUCAACCCGGCCGUGACGCUGGGCUGCCUGCUGGGCUCGCAGCUCUCCCUGCUCCGCGCCAUCUUCUACGUGGCGGCCCAGCUGCUGGGGGGCGUCGUGGGCGCCGCCAUCCUGCACGAGGUGACCCCGGCCAGCGCCCGCCAGGGCCUGGCCCUCAACAAGCUGCACAAUGAGACCACGACGGGGCAGGCGGUGACGGUGGAGCUGUUCCUCACCUUCCAGCUGGUCCUGUGCGUCUUUGCUUCCACGGACGAGCGGCGUGAGGACAACCUGGGCUCCCCUGCCCUCUCCAUCGGCCUCUCUGUGGCCGUGGGGCACCUCCUCGGGAUCCGUUACACUGGCUGCUCCAUGAACCCCGCCAGGUCCUUCGCCCCCGCCGUCGUCGUGGGAGACUUCAGCGACCACUGGGUGUUCUGGGUGGGCCCCCUGAUUGGGGCUGCAGCAGCCUCCAUCCUCUACAACUUCGUGCUGUUCCCACAGGCCAAAACCCUCUCGGAGCGCCUGGCCAUCCUCAAGGGCUGCGAGCCUGAGCAGGACUGGGCCGAGCGCGAGGCCCGGCGGCGCCAGUCCGUGGAGCUGCACUCGCCCCAGAGCCUGCCCAGGGGCAUGUCUGAGAAGGUGUAG